UAGAAUAUUGAAAAGAGUACACUCUAUUUUACCCAACAGCCAUCCAGCUCAGACACAGGAAAAUGCUCCUUUGUACUUGUGUGUGUUGUUGGUGUUGAGGCAGUGUGAAGGAGAACAGGACUGGGACAAUGGACAAACUUAUGCCCUGCCGGUUUCACCAAGCCUGGGAUAACAUGACUAAAAUUUCAUUUGCAAUGUGUCUGUGACAGAAUCCACCCUUCAGACAGACACAUUGUUGUUAGAUUUUACACUGAUGCAAUUAUUAUGAAAUUGAACAUAAAAGUUUUUUGCAUUAACAAAGUUAAAUCAGUUAUCACUUGCUACAGUUCAUGACUUACUGCUUACGAGUCCCAUUACUUAAUGACACACUAAUCAUACCAUUGCAUUAUGUGUAAACUUUAGUGAGACAUUAUCUAUUCGGUACAUAAACAUUUUCAUAAACAUUCACCCCUUUAAAGUGACUGACCUCACUGAACAAAGGUCCUGCUUGACGAUGCCGGCAGUGUCAAUGUUGGUGAAUACCUGGCUGCUUAAAUUAUAUUACUUUGUAAUUAUUAGGUAAAUAAGUAAGUCUCUGUUUUACAAAUGAUCUACUUAGCAAUGUGAUGCACAUUCUUUUCCUUUACCACCUCGCAGUCACUUGAUUAAAAAAAAAAAUUCUCUAAGAGCAAAUAAAUGUAAUGUGUUUCUCAGCACAUUGAGGUAUUUGUCACUAUAGUAACACCCAAUAAUCAUCAUAGACAUUCCAGUAAAAGUUUGAAUAUACUAUUGAUCACACUAAUAUCCAGUGGAGUUACAGAUGUGCAGUCUAAGUGGACACAGACUAAUGUAAAGUUCUGAAUAUUUCAACCUGAGUAUUUAUGUCACCUGCAGAAAUGCUGUGGUGAGGCAAACUUUCAUCAAGUAUUUCUUUUAAAAGAUGUAAAAGUUCCAUGAAAUUUUAUUUAUAAAAUAUUAGUCUGCAGGUGUACCUUUUUUGUGUGUGAAAGUUUGGAAACUUCUAUAGAUGUCCAAGCAAUUAUUCCAACAGAAGUUAAAGUAAAAAUUAUAACAUGACAGAAUUAGAUUUUGUUUUUACCCCAAGGGCUUAAAAAAAAAAGUCAUUAAAAUGGCUUUCUGGUCUUUAAUUGUAAAGACAAAAUACAUGCUUGAAAUAAAAUAAAAAAACAAUGCCAUUUCUCAAUUUAAUUAAAUUAUAAAUUAUAACGUAUUUCAGUCCCGAAUGCGAAUGAAACGAAAGGUGGAAAUUCUUCAUUCAGUUCAUGUAACAAAAAAAAAAAGGAAAACCUAAAACGCAAAACAAAUCAUCCUAACACUCUAGCCUGCAGGUGGCAGCAGCGCGCCAGGCAAACAUCUGCUCGCCUGGUUACAGUCGCAGAAGAAGAAGGAAGGCCCUCAACACUCCAAUUAACAGUGUGUUUUGGAAGAAAAGCCAGCGGUGUUUAUCCAGAUAUAAGCUGUAAAGUGUCGACGAACGGGUAAUUUCGAUACGUCAGUGAUGGAUACCGUCAUUAGAUGUGCUGACCUGUGACCCGCACCAACCGGAAAGCAGGAAUUAGCCUGUUCCUUGAGACUUGUUUCUUCCUUCCCCUUCAUUGUAAACCAGGUUGUUUUUUAAAAAAAAAUCUAUUUAGGAGAGCGACAUGGACAGUGUCCUCUACCAGGUAACGCCUGCUGUUGGAGCCGAUGGGAGGGGUUUUAUGAAGCUGAUUCCUGUCCAACGGAGCGACAGGCAGCCUCCCCCGGCCCAGCAGGACGUCCAAAGGAGUAACGGACAGUUACUAGGACAGUCCUACUUGACUCAGACACAUGCCCAGGUAAUCAGUGGUCAGUCGUUCCCCACUCAGACGCCCAUCCUGAGGACCAACGGACUGUCUCACCCGACCCUGGUGCCUGUUCAGUUACUCAGUGCACAGUUCUUCCCGACUCAGACCCCUGUCCAGUCUUUUCCCAUCCAGACACCUGUCCAGAUAAUUAAUGGACAGUCCGCCCCGAUGCAGGUGCCUUUCCAGAGGACCGAUGGACAGUCCUACCUGACUGCGGUUCCUCAGAAAGUCUUUACAGUGUUUAAGCCCCUGCUUCAGAGCGCCUCUCCACCGUUUGUUUCUCCGCUGAAUGUGUUGGCUGGUAAAAUGGACUCCUUAAAAACCCAAAGUCUUCAGCAGCAGACCGAGGCCAGGAUUCCCCAGACCGGAUCCCCUUCAGUAGGAGGCUCCAGUGAGAUUCCAGCAUCAGAGACAUCUCCAGCACUCCGUAAGUCAGAAGUCCCAAAUUUCCCUACUGAAGCACAUGUCCCGAGUGUUUACUCGUCCAAGCAUCAGCCAGUUGUCAAGGAUCAGACCUUUUCUCCCUCGGCAAGCUUCUCUGCCAAACGCAGCUCCCCCAUUGUGAUCUACUUGUCACCAGACAGCACAGAGAACCCAGAGGUGGCCCUCGGCUCUGCGGCUGACAGGCUGAGAGAACUGGCGGUGAUGGUAAACACUUGUGAUUCGCUGUGCAAGAGUGCAGGAUCAGAACCGUUCACCUGUGACGCACCUUUAAAGAAAGGACCAGCCCCCAAGUUAAAACUGAUUCCAAAGGCGUCGGGGAGACCUUGCAGUCCAACACGGUGGGUCAUAGAGGAGAUAGGUAGCUGUUUAGCCAAAGGCCCCUCCAUAAAGCCGCCGCCUUCUGAAUCCGACCACUUCUCCAAGAAGCAAGACGUUCCCAAUCAAACCCUGCCGGAAAAUCCAAAUCCUUGGGUGGUGUAUGAUGGAAGGAUGUUUUAUGGAACCAAAGCGGGCCGCUCUUCUUCUAAGCCCCCCACAGCCACACAGUCGCUUCCUCCAUCUUCAUUUUCAUCUUUACAACAGCCAGUCGGGUCAGCGGGAUCGCUAACAAACGAAGUGAUUGAUCUUUGUGACGACGACUGCUCUCCGUCUAACAUCUCCUCGGUUUACUGUGAAGAGGAAGACCAUGUGAUCUUUGUGUCUUAUGUUCCACCCAAGUCCAAGUCUGGCUCUGGCCUGAAGGAUGGGUUGGGCUUUGGAAGCUCCAGCAGCAGGACUAAUGCUACGGCUGGAAGAGACACAGGUCGGGUCCACAGCCCCUCCAUCAGCCUCAAUGGUUCCGGUCCAGCAGAGGGGGUCAUAGUUGAGAGUUUAAACCCAAAGUGUCUGAUAGGAACCACUAAGCAGUGUCCAGAUAGUCUGGAGAUGGACACUGAGGCGGGAAGCUCACGGAGUCCCAGCAAGGAAGAACAUCCUGCAACAGUACAGCAGAACUCUGAACUUCCUGUUCCUACGGGGACAUCUUCAUCAGCACCAGAACCCUGUCAAAAGUCCGACCACCAGCUCAGGAACAUAUUUGGGAUUACAGCUGAUGUAAAAAUUUGCCUUCAAAAGAUUGAUGAAAUGCCACAUUGGUGUGUCUCAGCAAGCGUGGUACAAACAAAGUCCCGAGGUCCAGUGGACGGGAGUGACCUGUCGAGAGAUGUUCUAAAAGCCAAAGAGGUUUCUCUGCAGGACUUUCCCAGUCCAGAUAAACUGGACGAUAACGUCCGGACUGAACGGGAGCACUCACCGUCUCCUCACUCCAGAACUCUGAGAAGUCCGUGUGUCUCAAAGGAGAACUGCUGUUCCUUUUCACCUCAAGCCAUGCCUGUGUUCGGCUACGUUGAACCCAUUGACGAGGACUUCCCCGACGAAAACGACCUUCCCCAGUUACAGGACACGCCUGUCCAUCCUCAGACGCAGACUUGUGUGGAAGUCACCGCGAACACUAGGAGAAUGGGCCGGACAAGGAAACGCACCAUGUGUCUGUGCUGUGUCCCCCCUACUCUGCUUCCCGUUAUCAAAUCCGGCACCAGGCUGGAAGAGUUGGAGAUGUGGAUGUCGGCGAUAGAGCCGGCGAGUAAACGAGUAGGGCGAACGAAGGCUGCGAGGAAAACCUCCACGAGGAUCAGCCACCCCAACUGUAGGGUACACAAGCCUCCAGCCGGCAGUGACCCCUCCACUGUCCCUGAGGGGUUAAAAAGACACGAACAGAUCAAGAAACACAAUGAACAUCAGGCGAAGAAGCUACACAAAUGACCCGUACCAAUGCUGGAACACUGCAACACUACACAGGGACAGACAGGAGCUCCACGUUCCACCUAGCUGGAGCAAUAGUCAGUCUUGUAACAUCUUUGCUCCGUUUCUAAACACUCUUCUGAAAUAUGCAACAUGUUUUUAUAAACUUGGUUGUAUAUGAACAUGACUCUACAUGUAGCUGCACUAAAGGGUUUCUAAUAAGACAAUGUUAGUAUUUUACUGUUAAUGUAGGUCUAGAGUUUGAGUUUAUUAUUGGUUUCUUAUUUCCUCUAAUUGUUAGUCAGAGACUAUUUAGGAGUCAUGCAACACUUACUAACCCCAGAGAUGUAGUGUGGCCAACAAGACGCCUCAAUCACAGCCCUAAACACUGCUUUUCUAAGGGAAUGUGGAAGUCUUCAGGUUCUUAAAGUUGCGCAUUACGGAGAAAAUGGCGCGGAUCUGUACUGAUGCAUAAUGCAUUAAUAUUUUACCAGUUGGUUCUGGUCCUAUGGAUUAAAGCUCCACCCAAAGUGCUUUCUGAUGUGGUUAUGUGUGCCAGAAAAGUUUCUGCUGCAUCUAAUUUGUCAGUAAAGAAAUCUGACAGUCUACCUCUGUUGUAACUUCAGAUUGCCCAUCUAGUCUGUCUGUACUGGAUCUACAAAGUUAACUGUUUUUGUUCUAACUUUUUUCUAACAACUAUUAAAGUGCAAAUGCUGUCAUUCUAAUUUA